GAGCCAUUUUGCCUCAGGCUGCCCCCGCCCGGCCUCCACCGGCUCCUCCGCGCGCCGCCGCCCGCCCCGCUCGCCCCCUCCACCGCAGGGCCGCCCGGGCCCGCCCGCCCCGGCCCCCCCAUGGGGCUGACGCACGGCAGGUGCGGCGCGCCGUCCGCCGGCCCCGGGCCCGAGGGCGCGGACGGCAGGCCCCUGGUCCUGGAGUCGUCCCUCAUCUUCGACGACGCCACCAUGAGGAGGUACGUCCCGGCGCCGGUCUGCAAGAGGUUCCUCGAGGACACCGUGUCUGGGGAUCCCACCAGCGAGGAGGACCAGCGGGCCAUCGCAGACGGCCUGUUCCGGUGGGCGCGGGAGAAGGGCUGCACCGACUUUGCCCACUGGUUCUUCCCGGUCCGCGGCGGCGGCGGUGCCGUGGGCGGUGCCGUCGGCGCCCUCAAGAUGGACACACUGGUCGACCUCGACUUCAAGUCGGGGAGCGCGAUCAAGCCCUUCUUCGCGACGCUCCCGCACGAGCGCCUGUUCCAGGGCGAGACGGACGGCUCCUCGUUCCCCAACGGCGGCCUCCGCGUGACCCACUCCGCCGCCGCCUUCACGGUGUGGGACCGGACGUCGCCCCCGAUCAUCUCGGGCACCACGCUCCGCAUCCCGUGCUCCUUCCUGACGCAUUUCGGGAAGAGCAUCGACGACAAGACGCCGCUCCUGCGCUCGCAGGACGCCGUUAGCGCCCAGGGGAUGCGCCUGCUGAGGGCCCUGGGGCUGGCGUCCGACGCCAAGUGCCUGCGCUCUUACCUGGGUUGGGAGCAGGAGUUCUUCGUGGUCUCUGCCGACCUGUACAAGAAGCGUCCAGACCUCGUCAACACUGGCCGCACGCUGUUCGGUAAGCUGCCCACCCGCGGCCAGCAGAUGGAUCUCAACUACUUCGCCCCCGUCCCCGAGCUCGUCGACAAGAUGAUGGCGGAGGUUCAGCAGGAGAUGCUGAGAACGGGCACCCCGAUGGCAGUCCGUCAUAACGAGGUGGCGCCAGGGCAACACGAGAUGUCACCGAUCUUCGGAAUGGCCAACUGGUCUGCGGACAACAACGUGUACUUCAUGGAGGCCUGUAACAGGAUUGCGUCCAAGUACGGCCUGAUGGUGCUGUUUCACGAGAAGCCGUUCGCUGGCAUAAACGGCAGCGGCAAGCACGCGAAUUGGUCUGUCGGCACCGACACAGGCAUCAAUUUCUUUUACCCCGGCAAGACAGACGAAGCACGCACCAUCUACACUGCGGCCCUGGCCUGCCUCUCUCACGGAAUCAUGCAGUACAACGAGAUGUUGCGAUGUGCCGUGGCACACGCGGGCAACGACCAUCGCCUCGGAGCCCAGGAGGCGCCCCCCGCCAUCAUCUCGCUCUACCCUGGCACUGGCUUCGAGGCGCACGUGGACGCGGUUAUCGCAGGAGGCCCCCUGAAUGAGUUCAAGGCCGAGAAGAAGCAGCAGCCCACUGGCUGCAAGGCUUCUAUGGCGGUCGAGUCCAACGUCGAGGACCGCAACCGCACGGCGCCCUUUCCCUUCUGCGGCAACCGCUACGAGUUCCGCGCAGUCGGUUCCUCGCAGAACUGCUCUUUCCCGGUGAUGAUCUGCAACACAAUAAUGGCCGCGGGCAUGAGUGCGCUCUCCGAGAAGAUCGAGGGCGGCAUGAAGGCGCGUGAUGCCGUGGCCGAGAUGUAUAAGAAGAACCGCGACGUCAUCUUCACGGGCAACGGCUACUCCGCCGAGUGGCCAGCCGAGGCGGCCAAGCGCGGUCUCCCAAAUCUCAACACGACACCGAAGGCCAUCAAGCAUUGGGCCUCGAGCAAAAACAUCGAGCUUUUCGAGAAGAUGGGCGUCUUCUCCAAGGAGGAGACCGAAUCCAGGGUUGAGGUUAUGUACGAGGCCUACAAUACCACACUCAGCGUCGAGGUCAGCACCAUGGUCGAUAUGGUCAAAACUGGAUUCAUGCCGGCUUUUGCACAGGACUUAGCCUUGUACAAGGACGCCCACGACUUAUUGGGCGAUCGCAAGAAGUUGUACGGUUCGGUGAAGACCGAGACCGAGAAGCUGGAGAAGAUGUUGACUCAGGUUCCUCACGGUGAUCUGGCUGCAGAGGCCGAGUACCUGUGCGACAAGGUAAAGGAUCAGAUGGCCAAGGUGCGAUCGUUGGUCGACGAUGCCGAGGGCAUGUUGGAUAAGAGGCUCUAUCCGUAUCCGACCUACGAGUCCAUGCUGUACCACCACCACCACUGAGUUCGAGUCGCAGCCUUUGCAAGACUGCGUGCCAGUCCCUCCUUGCAGAUGAUGUGCCCCACCGCUCAUCGCUGUGUCUCGUCCCCACCAUGUUUUCCACACUCUCUAUCCUCCCUGCAGUGCUGGCCGUGUUUGCCUUCCUGGUGGAGCCAGGGCUCCCAGAAGGGAUUCUGGGCGACGUUCGUCGGGCCUGAGGCCGUGACGGAUUCUGUGCUGGAGUUUUGGUGCCUCGGUGGAGCCGAGAGCCCGCGGCCAAGCCCGGGGGCUCGUCGUAGAAGCUGGCCCCCGCUGCUGCUCGCCGCGCCCCGAUCCAGCACGCUCUGCGGCCAGCCUGGAGGGCUGACCGUCAAAGUGCGCUCCGUGCUCACCGCGUGCUCCAGCGGCAAGCACUGAGCAGUGCCGUGCAGUGUCGAGCGCUGCGUGCCCGGAUGGCCAGGGCGGCACCGAACCUCAUUUGAGAGCACGCCCUCAGCGAAACACCUUCGAGUCGAGGUGCCAAGUCCCCGCCGCGGCCAAAGAGAGGGACAAAAAGCAAAAUAGCCUGGCGAAGGACCC